UUCUUAUUAGAAAUAUUUAUUUCAGAACCUAAGGAAAUAUAUGAAGAGUUUUACGACGAACUAGACAAUAGAAUGGAAGUUGAACAAUCGAUGAAUAUGAUCUUCUUUGGACCUCCGAGUUCUUUUUUGAGACUUGACGCUGACUCUAUUAUACAUCUAUUAACACAUACAAGGAAACAUAUGAUACCCAUUUCUAGAGCACUACUAGUGUGGGACAUACUGACAGAUGGAAAAACUGCCGCCUUCUUACAAGGUCGUGAGUUUUUAGCUUUUGGAUCACUGUUAAAUUUUAUACCUGAGGAAGAUUUGUAUUACGUGAAUUUUGGUGAUCCAUCUGUUCUCAGAUAUUUUGCUAAUCACUAUAUCAAGUUACACCCACGGAAGUUUGGUAUCCUAGCAGCAUCCUACAGGAGAUAUUAUGGGGAAACGUGGUACGACAAUAGUACAUUUAUCAACGAACUUGGCUAUUUGUUAUGCGGAUUCCCAGCAACUGAUUUACAAAAUAUAUCACCUGCAACAUUCAAAGAACUUAAUCUAGAUACUUUGAACAAAUUGGGAAAAUGUAACGCAAAUCAAACCAGGACUUUAUAUUCAAUAGCCACUAAUCGCGCCGCUUAUGGUGAACCAUAUAGAUGGUCAUCGCACGAGAUUGGAAGACUGAGUGCACUAUUUACAUGUAUUCCAGAAAAUGAUAUAAGUUCUAUACAGUUAGAGGCUGUAACCGCUAUAACUCCAGAAGUUAUGCAUGCGAUGCAUCAGGGAAAGCUCCAGUAUUUUACUAAACAACAGAUACUACGAAUGAAUUCUAAAACCCGGAGGAUAUAUAUUUUAAGGAUGCAGUUGAGAAGUAGUUAUGAUAUGAGCGAAAUAGCUCGGCAGAAUAACUCGCCCAUAUCGAUGAAACCGUUUAUCCUGUUAUUUUUUUGGUCGCCCUUAUCUAAUGUAAUGAUGUAUUACAUUUACAUUCAAUAAAUAAACGUGUAAUGCCUCAAAAAUGUAUUAUUAUAUUAAUAUCAUCCAUAUAAUUAUAUCUUUAGUUACAAAUUAUAAAAUAGUUUUGUUGGUUAAAGCAGUAAGAAAGAAAUGUCUUUACAUUAAAAUACCU